UGCAUUUUGUGAUGUUGAACAAAUUGGACUUGAAUCACUAUUUACCAGUACAUUUAAUUUUCAAUCACCCUAGCUGCUUCUUCUAUUAUCAAGAGAAAACCACCCAUGGAAUGCACUCCAGAACACGAUAUUGCACUCUGCCGAGAGCUGCUACUUGUCAACCCAUUCAAAGAAAAAUAUAAGGCAACUAAGCAUGCAAAGCUGUGGGAUGAAGCACCAAUCAGUGACACCAUCUUUUAAAAAGAGCCUCGAGAAACAAGCAGUGCAGGAACGAUAUAGACACCUUGUAGAUAAGUUAAAGAAAAAGAUGGCCAGUAAAAGAAGAAAAGAAAGUGGAAUAAGCCCAACAAUGUCAGAGCUGGAUACAUUAGUGGAAGAGCUUGUUGAAGGAGAGCAGUCUGAAAAGGACCAACAGGAUAAUGAAGACAAGUCCAUGAGAUACAAAAGGAGAGAGGAGGGAGAGGAAAUGAGAUUAAAGGUACUAGAGCAACUGGGAGAAACAGGCAAGAAAAAGAAAGACAAGGAAGAUGGAAAGGGGCAGAAAAAGUCAAGGAGAGAAGUGGAGGUGAUACAAUUCAAGAUCUAAGAGAAAAAGUGAGCAAGAAAUGAAGUUAAGAGAAAAAGAUCAAGAGCUGGAAAAGAGUAAGCAAAAGGAGGAGAAAAUAAAGAAUGAUGCAUUUUUAAAUGCCAUGCUUCAGCAGCAGCAACAACAAUAACAACAACAACAGCAACUUAUGGUUCUGCUGGCCCAGCAGAAUCAACUUAUGAUGAAAAUGUUUGAGAAAAAUGGAAAGUAACCCCCAAG